UAUGCAUGCAAGAAUAUGAAUGAAGUCUGUAUCCCAGAAUCAGACAUCUGUCGAGAUAAUGGAUUAUGUGUAAUGACAACUGAUGGCAUCAACAAGUGUACUCCAAUACCUGGCAAUGGAGGUGAUUGUUCCCUGACUAAUCUCUGCUUAGACUCCUACAUGUGUGACAAAACAACAAAGACCUGUGUCUCCCAACAAUACCUUGGCUUUGGUGAACCAUGCACCAACACUACCCAAUGCUCAAGUGGCCUGACCUGUCAAGGCACGUGCACCAGCUCCACCUAUCCCAAUUGUCAAACCGAUGUUCAAUGCAAGUACUUUGAACGCUGCAACAACAACUUCACUUGUGCAGACCCACUACCAUAUCGUUCCGCUUGUCAGAAGGAUUCAGACUGCAGCCUCAACGGCAGUUGUUUGAAAAAUGUCUGUGUUGCACUCUUCUCGGUACCUGCGGGUGGAUUCUGCGAUGAGAACGAGGAUUGUGACAUCUCCCAGAACCUACUGUGCAUCUCCAACACCUGUCAAAACAAGAACAUAGUCAACAACGUCAGAUGCAACAGCACAGGCGAUUGCUUUGACAUUAAUUUCCCUUCUCUUUGCCAAUGUGAUCCCAGCGCCGCUCCUUAUUUUGGCAGAUGUUUCCAAACCUACAACCCAACAUCCUUGUCGAAGAAUACAUACUCAGACUUCAACCAGUGUCUGAUGAACAACAAAUGUCCAAAGGUAGAUAGAAACAUCCCAACAAGUUGUUCCGCAAGCAAGUGUGGCUACCCUUUCAACAAAGCCUACUCUAUCCCCUGCUACACUGGAUCUGGAUCGGCACUGUUCAGAAAUGGGUUCCUUACCAUUUUAUUCUCUCUACUUUCGGGUGCCAUUCUAAUC